AAUUGAGAUAUUUGCUAUUCAGGCACCUUGAAAUGGUUUUAAGUUGGCGAUCGCUCACCUCACUGUACUUACUUUUCAUCUCAGCGACCACGUGACUGGCGCUUUGUCUGGCAAUGGAAAAUGCUCCACACGCCGAGGGCUCCCCUGGCUGUUCCCAGAAAACUCACUGAAUGGAUCUGUUAUCGGUCAAGUGGCAGCCAAGUGAUAACCCCGCCGCCUGAUAAGCCGCGAUGCCGAGCCUGGAUUGCACGAAGUGGUGUGAUCGCGAGAUCUCGACUCGGAAUCAGUCAAACAUUUCCCACUCCGCCGGCAAGAUGUGGUCCUCUACGAGUGUUUUAGUGCUCCUGGGAACACUUACUUUGGUCCAGGGUAACAUGCAGUUCCACUUCUCCCUGGACUUCCAUGUUAAGCCGCCAGCCAACACGACAGACACCAUUGACAAGACCAUUGUGGUGGAGAACAAUCGGAUAUCAUUGGUGGACAAUGAAGGAACGGCUACGACUGCCAGGGCUCCGAUGGCCCAGUGGACGGAUCAGGAUCGGUACAAUCGGGACACUUUGCAGAAGGUGAUUGAUACCCGGAGAUCGGUGCAGCAGCUGAACGCCGAGCUGUCACCCCUGGCGGGCAGGAGCUCCGACCUGGCCAGGAGAAUCAAGCUGAGUCUGCGCUACGUCAACGAAGUGGAUGCCGCCCUUGAGGACUUGACCAACUUUGGUCAGCUGGUGGAGCUGCUCAGAAAGUUCGUCGCCCUAGUGGACAACCUAAGGGAUCCGAACAACUUCGGUGGAGUACGCAGCCUGGAGUACGUACUCAUGAAGCUAGCUCUCGAGAAGUACGAUCUUCCCAAUAAGCGACAGGAGAUCGGAGCGUACUUAGGGCAGGCGGAGAGUGCCUGGCAGAGGUACCAAAACACGCAGGUGGUUCUGCUGGAUAACUCCACCUGAGCCGAGCUCAGGGCACUUGGUCUUGGAAUCUAGUUUAAGGAUAGGAUAGGACAGGCUAGAACCAGCAUCAUAGGACAAAACAAUCUCUGCACGAUCAUCUACUAGGGCGGCAUGGCCCUUGAAAGGAAUAAAAGCCAUCGAAGGGACUUCCUGUCUAUUAUUCCAUUUCACUGAAAUGCCCAGAAUUGCUACAGGUACACGGUCGUUCGGAACUCUAGGGGUAGAAGACCUAAAUCUACUGCGGUGCCGGGUUUUGUCAGGGCAGGAAAAUACGUUACACACGCCGGGAAUGCCUUAAUACACUGAGAAAAAAGUGGAUUGUUAAACCGACGGUUACAUUUGAAAAUAAGCAGUCUUAAAAAAUAAGUAUGUUAAGAAUUUUAAUUAAAUUUUCCGUUUUUCGGUAAAAUCCAUCCCUUAUUGUAACCUAUUAAACUGUUUUAAUUUA